CCCUGAUAGACCCGCCCCCAGCCCUGUCCUCACUGCAAUGAGGGAGGGCGAGAGGGGCUGACACAAAGUAGCAGGCUUCUGCAGGGAUACAUACACCGUGUAUAUAUAUAUAUAUAUACACACACACACACACACACACACAUAUAUAUAUAUCUCCUGCUAUAUACAGGGGGACGGAGAGCAUUGCCCGGGUAGGAGACCGAUUGCCAACCACUGGAUACCCCAAAAUUCCGCACGCACACCUUUGCACACCUUGCUCUCCGGAGUAAGUGCUGAUGGCGACCAUCUCCCCAGUGGGUAAGAUGACUCCUUUCGGUGGAAUAGCAUCUAGGCUGAAGAUCGAACGGCUGAAGGCAUCUGGAGUGGGAUCCCACGAGUGUGCUGUGAAAUACCUGAACCAGGACUAUGAGACCCUCCGCCAGUCUUGCCUGGAGAAUGGGACCCUUUUCGAGGACCCCCACUUCCCAGCUGCCACUCCCUCUCUAGGAUUUAAGGAGCUAGGUCCUGGUUCCAGCAAAGUGCAAGGGGUGCGGUGGAAGCGGCCAUCAGAAAUAUCUGGGGAUCCGCAGUUCAUUGUUGGUGGUGCAACCAGAACAGACAUCUGCCAGGGAGCACUAGGUGACUGUUGGCUCCUGGCUGCGAUCGGUUCCCUGACGCUGAAUGAGGAUCUCUUACACCGUGUGGUCCCCCAUGGACAGAGCUUCCAGGAGGAUUAUGCUGGGAUUUUCCAUUUCCAGAUCUGGCAGUUUGGAGAGUGGGUGGAUGUGGUGAUAGAUGACCGCCUGCCGGUGAAGGACGGAGAGUUGGUGUUUGUACACUCUGCCGAGUGCUCGGAGUUCUGGAGUGCACUGCUGGAGAAGGCCUACGCCAAGCUGAAUGGCUCCUACGAGGCGCUCUCCGGCGGCAGUACUACCGAAGGUUUUGAGGACUUCACUGGGGGUGUUGCUUCGAUGUAUGACCUGAAAAAGGCCCCCCGAGACCUUGACAAAAUCAUCAACCGGGCGCUACAACGAGGGUCGCUACUGGGCUGCUCAAUUGAUAUAACAAGUUCCUUUGAUAUGGAAGCUGUGACAUUUAAGAAGCUGGUGAAGGGCCAUGCGUAUUCUGUAACUGGUCUCAAAGAGGUGAAUUAUCGAGGUCGAACAGAAAAGCUCAUUCGUAUUCGCAAUCCCUGGGGGCAGGUGGAAUGGACAGGAGCCUGGAGUGAUAACUCCUCUGAGUGGAAUGAAGUUGACCCUUCUGAGCGUGAAGACCUGCAGUUAAAGAUGGAAGAUGGAGAAUUCUGGAUGUCUUUCCAGGAAUUCCUGCGCCAAUUCUCCCGGCUGGAGAUCUGUAAUCUCACACCCGACGCACUAAACAAGGAUGACAUUGGCAAGUGGCACACAACACUGUAUGAUGGCACCUGGCGGAGGGGCAGUACUGCCGGGGGCUGCAGAAAUAACCCAACUACUUUCUGGAUUAACCCUCAGUUUAAGAUCACCCUUAUGGAGGAGGAUGACGACCCAGAUGAUAACGAGUUGGCUUGCAGCUUCCUUGUGGCCCUAAUGCAGAAGAACCGGAGGCAGGAACGUAAAGUUGGAGGAGACAUGCACACAAUCGGCUUUGCGGUGUAUGAGGUACCUGAUGAGUUCAAAGGCUGCCAGAAUGUCCAUCUUAAGAAGGAUUUCUUCCUGCGGCAUCAGUCAUGCGCCCGCUCCGAAACCUUCAUCAACCUGCGGGAAGUGAGCAACGAGAUCCGCCUGCCCCCUGGAGAGUAUCUCAUUGUCCCAUCCACAUUUGAACCACAUAAAGAGGGAGACUUUGUGUUGCGAAUAUUCACAGAGAAACAGUCGGACACUGAGGAGCUGGAUGAGGAGGUAUCAGCAGAUCUUCCCGAUCAGGAGGAGAUCACAGAGGACGAUGUUGAUGAUUCUUUCAAGAACAUGUUCAGGCAGCUGGCGGGAGAUGAUAUGGAGAUUAGUGUAUUUGAGCUCAGAACCAUUCUCAACAGAGUGGUGACAAGACACAAAGACCUGAAGACUGAUGGUUUCAGCAUGGAGGCAUGUCGGCAGAUGGUCAACUUAAUGGAUAAAGAUGGCAGCGGGAAGCUGGGCAUUGUGGAGUUUCAGAUUCUGUGGAACAAAAUCCGAAAUUGGCUGACGGUGUUCCGGCAGCACGACCUGGACAAGUCUGGAACCAUGAGCUCGUAUGAGCUGCGUCUCGCCCUGGAGAGUGCAGGGUUCAAGCUGAAUAAUAAGCUCAUGCAGGUGCUGGUGGCUCGUUACGCUGACAAUGACCUAGGAGUCGACUUUGACAACUUUGUGUGCUGCCUGGUGAAGCUGGAGGCCAUGUUCAGAUUUUUCAGGGCUAUGGAUCCCGACGGCAGUGGCUCAGCAGAAAUGCAACUUGGAGAGUGGUUGACGUUGACAAUGUGCGGAUAGAUUCACAGCCUCAUUCCCGGCUAAUUCUCCUGGGUUCCAGACACUCCCUUUUUGUACCUGCUCUCGCUAACCUCAUCCUAUAGGGAUUUAAUCACUAGCACACAAACAUGCUGUGUCACGUCACGAGCUGUGGUCCGGCCACGGAUUUCCCAGAAGCCUCUGCACGAGAGAAAACUUUCCACCCAAUGCACUUUAGCCAAACUGAAAACCAGCCAAUCUGAGCACUGCUUACUAACAUGUGAGAGCGGCUCUCUGGUGCCUUACAGAUAUUCAGUACAAUCAUUGUGGUGGUACCACCCCUGUGACUAGGGGCUCUUUCUUCCUGACCUUUUUAGUAUCCCGCCCCCCCC